AUGCCGCCGAAAAAGAAGGAGCCCGAGCCCGAGCCCGAGCCCGAGGAGGAGCCGGAGCCCGAGCCGUUCGUCCCCGACGUCCUCACGGACGAGAGCCUCGACGCGUUCUACGCGACGUACUACGACUCCGCGACGGACGACCCGGACGCGGCGACCGCGGCGCUCGCGACGUCGCUCGGGAUCGAUGAUCACCUCACGGACGGCCGAGCCGGCGCGAAGCUGGACUUCAUCGUGAACACGCUGUCGUUCGCGCGCGACGGCGGCUUCAGCGUCGCGCAGACGCACGCGCUGUUCGACCUCGCGCUGCUGCUGCUGAAGAUCGCGGCGGACGACGACGUGGACUUCACCGCCGCGGAGGGGUACUUUAAGAAUCGACUCGUGAUGAACGUGUCGGCGACGCCCGCGGAGGGCAAGUUCACCGUGGACGACGUCAAGGUCAUCUCCGCGCACUUCGCGAGCGGGUUCUUCGCGCACUUCAAGCUGUUCGCGUUCAUGUACCGACGCGCGCAGGCGCUGGAGCAGCACGUCACCAAGGUGCGAGUGGAGACGGCGGUGCGAUUCCCGGGCUUGUACCUCUCGCUGCCCGAGGAGGAGCACGAAGCGAAGCUCGUCGCGCGCGCGGAGAGGGCCGAGGCGGCGCGCGUCGCGAAAGAGGAGGAAGAGGCGGCCGCGAGGGCGGAGGAGGAGCGCGCGAGGAAGGAGGCGGAGGAGGAGAAGCGGCGCGCGGCGGAGGAGGCGUACGCGAACUCCAAGCCGAAGACGUUGGACGAGGCGGUGGAGCACGCGGUGCGAACGAAGAUGGCGCUGGAGAAAGCCGCGUUGGAGUCGGAGUACAAGGCUCGGGAGGAGCAGCUCAUGGAGAAGAUAUCCGUGUUAGAAGCGCAGCUCGCGGGGUAG